AUGGCGGCGAGGCGGUUCGACGAGCUCGCACGGCAUGUCGAGAGGAUGACGACGAUGAACUUGACGCAGCAGAAGGUCAUGCUCGAAAAGCAUGAGGAGCAGAUCUUGGCGGCUCAUAGAAGGAUCGAGGAAGAGCAGAGGAACCUACACGAGCUCCGACAUCGUCUGCAGGAGUGCAACGAGAGGAAGACAAGGACUGCUCACAAAACAUGUGUCAUGGACGCUUCUUGUCAGACUAACUGGACUCCUGCCAACAGCGAUGAGUUAAAGCCGAGACAACUUUCAAAUAUCUUCAGAACAUGUUCUGUGUUAAUCCGAGAGAUACAGGAAUGCAGAGACGAGAUGAGAGAUGUUCAUGUAUGUAUAGAGGCUCAGGAAACACGUGUCAGGCACCAGGAAUUCAUGGAUGAAGUUGUACAUGUUGACCAAGAGAACGAUCUUCUGCGAAGGAAGUAUCUGUCCGAGAUGUACAUGAAUCAUGAGUUCAAACGAUGUCUGGAGAUCUCGGAGUUGAAGUUGUUGCAAGAACGAUCUGGUCGCGACGACUUGUUACGAGCUCUGGACGGUCUCUGCAGCUCGUUUACGCUAGACGAGAACCGAUUACACGAUGUUACAAAGGAAGUCGCCUUUCUGAACAAACAUCUUUCCCUCCAAGAGACUUUUCUCAAACAUCUCGAAGAGGGCAUGGGGGAACUUGAGCGGCGAAUCUGGCAGAUGCGGUCGAUUCUUACGGAGGUGCAGCUGUCGUCAGGAUGGCUGGCAGAACAAGAGAAACAAGGAAGGACAGACAAGAUAGGGAACGAGGAGAUGGGAGGAGGAGGAGGAGGAGAAGGAGGAGAAGGAGGAGGAGGAGGGCAAGAAAAAGAUCCUCAUUUGCGAUGGAUGCACAGCGGUCUACUGGUGGAUUCGAGUUACUGUUCAGCAGAGCCUGAUCAGCUCGUUAUUUCAAGAUGUAAUGAUCCAUUAUGGUGGAGGGAAUUUCGUUUGCAAUCUCAACAAGUUUCUUGCGAACUUGUGCAAUCAGCACACGAGAUGAGGAUCAUCAUGCAAGAUGAGAUGAACAAGAUGAGAAACGAUGAGGAACGAGUUGUAGAUGAUGAAAGGCAUGGAGAUGGUGUGAGAGAGGUUGAAGCAUUGAUACACAACAUUUUGGAAGGAACAAGCAAGAAUCGUGUUGACGUUUGCAAUGAUCUUGAGAGAAACGAUGUGUUUGCGGCAUGCGACAUCAUCAUAAGGGAAACAACAAUCUUGAGCCAUGAGAUGAUUCUGUUCUUUGAUGUUUUCAGACAAGUCGAGCGAGGUCAACUGCAGCAACAAGUGCAAGAGCACAACAAUGACAAUGAUGAAUGUGAUGAACGUGUUUUUGAAGUACAAGACAUCGCAAAUUGUCCGGCAAGCAAGAUAACAGAACAAGAAAUUCUAUCAUCAGGUCUGCAUAAUCUGCAUUACAUGAACGGUGAGACUCUGGAGAUUUGUCAAGACUUGCACCUUGCAAUUAGGGAUACAAAAUUGCUGCAGCAAUACCUUGAUACAGAGCUGAACGGAAUGAUUGAUGCGAUUCAAGACGGCAUGUUGUUGUUAUCACAAGUUGGAACAAGCAUGAUAUCACAAGUACCUCGACAGAGGUCAGACACGUCCAAAGAACUCGCCAUGUUGCUGCAGAAGAAAUCAAGAGACGAGGGAAUUUUUCACAUAGCGUCAGAGAUAGCGAUGGAGAAGUUACAUGCCAUGGUCGACCAGUCUCACUCAAUCCUCGUCGAUGCAGGGAGGAGGUUGAGGGAGGAGCAGACGCAGCUGGUGAUGUUGAGACAGCAGCAUGCUGAAGUGAUGGUGAAGUUGCAAAGGGCAGAGAAGGAGAGAGAUACGGCGCUGGAGCAAGCGAGAAAAUCGAUGAGAUUGAGCUCAUCGUGGGCAGCAGCCUGCAACGCGAUGAUGCAGAUGAAAGUUGACGAGGAUGAGGAGAGAGGAGAACAGAAGACGAGCAGAGACGAUGAUGCUGUUGAGCGUAACAGGCAACAAAAACAAUACAAGGAAUAUGAGAUGACAGCAACUCAACGGCUCAUUGCAACAUCUGAUGUAGAUGAUAGCGUUCAAACAGCUGACAGGCUGCAAGUUUCGUUGGACAGGAGGCCUCGAGAGGCGGAGUCAGACCUGAGGGUUGUGUUGGAGCUGGCGCAGGAGCUGCUGUCUUGUCAACAAGACAUCUCGGAGAUGGUGAGGGGAGCAUGGAGCACAGGAGAAGGGGCGGGGAUGAGCCGGGAGGACGCGAGCAAGCAAGCUGUUCAGCUGUUGGCCCUCUUGACUUGCAGGUCGGAGUUUGUGCUGAAGUUGUUGAUGGAGAUAAUCGAUCAACGCUGUCUUGCUGAACAUGUCGUCUUCACUUUUAUCUAUCACUUCAACGAACUUGUCUUCGAACUGUCGGCAGAACUUUCAGCCCACCUUCGAGAAACACGCAAGGUGUGUAGAGAGCAAAACUUUGCUGGCGAUGAGCAAGUCAAAGACUUCUUGCACAAGUUCGCAUCCAAGUGCAGCAACCUCGAAGACGUUGUCGAUUCCGUGAACAAGAUGUUGUUUGAAGUGGAGCUGGGAUGUAGAACAGUGAUGGAAAACAAUGACAACACGUUGAAAACGGCUGAGAUCGAGAAGCAGUUUGCCAUGGUGAACCUGGAAGAAAUCAUCAACAACAUUGCUGAGAGUUUGGUUGAGGUGCAGAACAUCGUUCCAUCUCUUGUAGAUGAGAAGGAUGAGAUGAGAGCUACGAUAGAUCAACUCAACAGGAACAUCAUCUUACAGCAAUGUGAGAUCUCAAACUUGAAGUCUUACACCUUCAUGCUCUCCGAUGCUCUCUCGAUGUCGCAGGGGGCGAUUUCAGAAGCAAGUUUACAGCUCGACGAGUUAUCUGCAGACAGGGAUCGAUCAAUGCAGAGUGACUGUGUUAUGCUGGAGAUGUUCAAUCUGCUGUGUCAAAGUUUCGACAAUCUUGAAAGAACAACGCAACAGGCUGCAGCAUCUGUGUUUGAAAGGUUGGCCGCACAGUCAGCUUGCGAGAAGUACAAGGAUCUCAUUCUUCAGUCUCAUGUCGAGCAAGAGAUGUCUUGUAUACAAUCGUUUGCAAGCGGGAUGGCAGAUCUUGUCUCGACAUUUGAGCAGUUGUUGACAGUGACGCAAACUAUCUUGCGGAGCAAAACUUACACUCAGGUCUUGUACGAUAGGGCAGGUGAGGAGUUUGCAGAAGGACUGGAGGAGAUAGCAAUGACAGAAGAAACGAUCUCCGACUCCCUCCAACUCCUUCAGCUCGACAGGUUGAGGAUGCGCAGCGAGCAGGAGAGUUUGAGGGCUGAGUUGGAGCACCUGGAGCUGCUGAACCGAGAGAACAUGUCGGCAGUGGAUGAGAUGAGAUCGGAUCUUGUUUGCUCGAUACAGGCGAGCGAGUCUCGGAGACACGAGGACAAGGAGGAAGAGCAGGAGCAGGAGGAGCAGGAGGAGCAGGAGGAGCAGGAGGAGCAGGAGCAGGGGGAAGAGGAGGAAGAAGGAGAGAGGGAGUAUUCGUUGCUUGCAUCCCUCCACAGUGAGACCGAGGAGCUCCUGGCGACGAUGCAGGAGGUGGAGGGGAGGCUGACGGUGCGACUUGGGGAGUGGGAGGUAGAGCGGGAGGCGAACAUGCUGCUGAUAGGAAGGAGAUCUGAAACUAUCCACGUCAUCUCCACCAUCCAAGUGCUGCAGGAGGAGCUCCAAGUGAUGAAGGAGCUCAGUAGGGUGAAGGAUGAGACGAUCGCUGCGCUGGAGGCUGAGAUCGAUAGCUUGCAACUCCAGAACGACAUGGCUGGCUCGACGAGUGGGAGGUUGAAGGAGGUAGACAGAGUCAUGAAUCACCUGCUACAGGCGCUGGAGAUGAUGGAGGCAGCAGACAGCGAUAGGAAGUUGCUUCCUGCCUCUGGUAACACGUCUCCUUCCAAAGUACCCAAGGAUGCAGCUAGGCGGGAGGAGGAAGACCAGUCCAAGUCGAUCCUCUACAACCUUGCGCAGCAGGUCGAUACACUGCGAGGGGAACUGCGAAGUUGUUGUUGCAACUUUGAGAUGGAGAGUGAUGGGAUGUUUUUGAGGGAGCAGCUACAGCAUAACAAGAUGACGGAGAUCGUUGCGAUGAUCGCCGCAUGUUUGAAAGACACUGAAGAGAUCAGGAAAAUGUCGGAAGAUGAAAGGUUGUUGUCAGCGAGCCAAUCGACAUGUCCCUUGCCGACGGGAAUCAGUGAUGUUGUACAAGAUGUUGUAGCACCGCAAGGAGCACUGCAAGGAAAGACAAGAAGUCGCAACAAUUAUUGUGAUAACGGAGACGACAAGAACAAGAACUCCUCUGCAAUCUCAGACCAUGAUGUCUUGCAGCCCAUACCAGACAUGCCGGCAGUCAGGAGAAGUAGCCCGUCAUCUCAAGAUUUAGCUGAACUCAAUGUCAAGAUCAACCUUUAUGUUGACAACAUGAGGAAAGUUGCUCAUCAGGGAUGGAGGGAGAGUUGUAUUCAGCAAGAGCGAUGUUCCAAGAUAAUCAGCUUGUUCACAAAGGCAGAGCAGCUCCAGAACGUGGAGGACUACUAUCACAAGCAACAACUCCAGUCCUCAAAGAUUCAGAUGGCUGAGAUGAACAUGCAGAGGUUGUGUGAAGAACUUGCACAACAGGAAGCAGCCAAGACAGCAACAAGACACGUCGACCUUGCGCUCUCCGACGAGUUUGUCAAGAUGCUUCUCUUGGAAGACUCUCUCAACCUCGCGCUGAUAGACUUCGUUAGCAACCUUGCAUGCAGCAUGCAGAGUGUUCAGACCGGAGGCAACAGCAGGCAGACUUCCAUGUCAUCAUCAUCGUCAUCGUCAUCGUUGAACCUUCAGUCAGUGAUCGCAAGCACAAAGAAGCGCAUUGCAGGGCUCGACUCGUCAUGCCUGCAGCAAAGAAGACAUCUCUUGACGAUGACGGCAUCUCAGCAAUCAGGCGAGGAAGUCUUCAAACUUGGGCUGAACUUGCAGGAUUGUUGGACAUGUUAUCUCAUCGAAGCUUGCGAGGUUGUCGCUCAAGUAGCUGCUGAAGCUCAGCAAAACCAUGUCGACAAGUCUUCGUUGUCUCACCUGCAGUCUGAGAAUCAACUGCUGCGAGGCAUGAUCAAACAGCUCGAGGAUGACCUCGACACUAAGAACACAAUCUUGAGAUCAUACGCGGACUUGGCAGCAAAAGCGUGA